ACACAUUCUUUUCUAUGGUUUGCUGGGCAUCAAAGUGCAAGUUUCAGGGAUGUUGCUGAUAGAUUUGAUUUAUCUCUUAGUGCCCUUGAAUCAGUGUUACAAAGAGUCACACAGUUUUUAUAUGAUUUAAGAAAUGAAUUUAUUCGGUAUCCCACUGAGGCAGAAAAGCAGAGAACACAGAGAUACUAUGUAGAAAAUAAAAAUUUUCCAGGAAUAAUUGGUUCUAUUGAUGGUUCACACAUCCGUAUAGACAAACCUUCUGAAGACCCAGUAGCCUAUAUCAAUAGAAAACAUUAUUUUUCCAUUCACAUGCAGGGAACAGUUAAUGAGCAGAACAAGUUCUUAGAUGUGUUAAUUGGAUAUCCUGGCUCAGUGCAUGAUGCAAGAGUAUUUGCAAAUUCUAGUCUGGCUGAAGACUUACCAGCACUCUGUCACAACGGAAACAUAAUUCUUGGAGACGCUGCAUAUCCAUGCCUUCCUCAAUUAAUUACUCCAUAUCGGGAUAAUGGACAUCUUACACAGGCCCAAAGAAACUUUAAUCGUAUACAUAGUCAGUGCAGAAUCUCUGUAGAACAUACAUUUGGAGUAUUGAAACAACGUUUCAGGCAAUUAUAUUUCCUUAAGCUGAGGAACAUGCAGUUCAUCGUUAAAUUCAUUUUCGCUUGUUGCGUCCUUCAUAAUAUGGCUGACUUUAAUGAUAUGCAAUACAUGGAAGAACCCGAGGACGACAAUCAUGCUGAUGUAAAUGCACAGGUGUUGUUACCCCAUGUCCUGCCAGAAGAUAGAGAUGAAAAUCCUGUUGAUGAACGACGUGGUUGUGAUCUCAGAGCUGAUCUCAAAGCUGAACUAUGCCGACAAUUGUUCCAAAGACGAUUCAACGUAGAGUAGAGAUAUAUUAAGAUAAAUUUUAAUGACUAUAUGAUAUA